GAAAGCUCCACAAACCCCACUAAAAACAAAAGAAGGCGGCGCUAAAGAAAUCAAAAAUGCAACCAGAGAGCUCAGAGUCAGAUCAGAUGCUGUAUUCGUUCCUCACCGAAAACCAAAUCUCCAACAGAGGAUUCUACGUUUCCGAGGACUACAUGUCGACUAUGCCGUUCUUAUGCGGGUCGCCUUCGUCGACGUCAUCUUAUUAUCCACUAGCUAUCUCCGGCAUCGGAGAAACACUUGCUCAAGAUAGAGCUAUUGCUGCUUUGAGGAAUCAUAAAGAAGCUGAGCGAAGAAGAAGAGAGAGAAUCAAUUCUCAUCUCAACAAGCUACGCAACGUACUCUCUUGUAGUUCCAAGACCGAUAAAGCCACACUGCUCGCCAAAGUGGUCCAACGAGUCAAAGAACUUAAACAACAAACCCUAGAGAUCUCCGAUUCCGACCAAACUCUUUUACCCUCAGAGAGCGACGAGAUUAGUGUUCUACACUAUGGAGACUAUUCAAACGACGGUCAUAUAAUCUUCAAAGCAUCUUUAUGUUGUGACGAAAGAUCAGAUCUCUUGCCUGACCUCAUGGAGAUACUUAAGUCUCUUCACAUGAAGACUCUUCAGCGAAUUGAUAAUAGAAACAAGAAGGAUAAAAAAUUCAGGAUUCAAGCCCAUCUAAGGAGACUUGGACCUAGCUCUCUCUUAUGUUUGCAUAGAAAAACCGAAUUGGACAUAUUAUAUCAUUUUAUCCAUUUCUUACAAAAAAAAUCCCAGGUUGUUCAAAUUCAGAAUCUUCAUUCGGUUAUGUAACUUACACGUACAAAUUCAUUAAUAAUAUUGUC